AUGUCCGUGCCAGACAGACGAGUGAUAACCACAUUGAAAUAUUCGAAGUACCGCGUGAAGCCCGUCGUCGUGAACGGCGAGCCCGCGCUCAACUGGCAGGUACCCUACCUGGUCUCCAUCAAGGAGCCAAUCUCUAAGAGGGGAGUUCUUAAACUGUGGGCAAACUUAUGCGGAGGAAGUAUUAUAAAAAAAGAUGUAAUACUGACUGCAGCUCAUUGUUUCGAAGGCGACAAUUUUUACUAUGCCAAGCGAUCCCAUAUACUUAGAGCUGUGGCCGGGAACAUACACACCUCCCUGCAACACACCGGAGAGUCCGGCCGGUCUAAAGCUGGCUCACAAUGGAGACAAUUCAAGACAAUUCACCUACACAAAAAGUUCAAUUUCCCGAACAAUGAUUUAGCCCUCGGGUAUAUGGAUUAUCCUUGGGAUUUCGAACAAACUGGAAUAAAACCGAUUACAGUGGCGCGUACCACGACGGACAGGCUAGGGGCGUGUAUUACGGCCGGAUAUGGAAAAACUGGUCAUAGAACGAAAGAUAAUACGUCACAAGUACUGCUUCUGGCGCCGAUCGACACGAUGCCGCGAGUGCAGUGUUCGUUGCUGUGGGAAAUGAAUAUGGAUAAGUUUGUGUGUUCGAACUCGCUGCGGACGGAUGUGUCGGAGGGCGACUCUGGCAGCCCGCUCACGUGCGUGCACGCGCAGGACGGCGCCGCGCGCGACGGGCGCGACCUACUCGUCGGCGUCGUCAGCGGGAAAAACUUCGACAAGACCACGCUCUUUACCCGCGUCUCUGCCUUCCACGACUGGGUCACUGCUAAUAUGCUGACAGAAGAGUUAGUCUACUUGUGUGGCAACAUACUGCACUACAACGGGUAG